CACCUUCGAACCACAACUUCGAUCCCAACUUUCUUCCGACCACCCCGACCGGCACAUUGCCGCAUCAACAAGCACCCAUGAUGCACAACAACAGCAACAACUCUCAAUCAGGACCAGGAACUGCAGCUGAUGCUGGUGUGAGGAACAAUGCGGCUCAUCCGGACAUCCUUGACUUGUUGGCGACUUACCCGUUCAUACAGUACACCCCAAGUUCUCGAGUUGCCAGACACCUAGAAGGUCUCAACCUGACCCAAUCCUCAUCGACGCUCUCGGACCCAUCCACGCUCUACCCUCAAUAUGCAGGGACAUUCGACCAGCUCGGUCGGGCUAUGGGCGUGAAUACGAUCGCCGCGCCUCGAGGAUCGUAUGAGCAUGUUCCGCAGGCUCAGUAUCAACCUCAGCCUCAACCUCAACCUCAACCUCAAUUCCCUGGGCAGAAUCAAGCACAGGCUUAUGACCAGACGCUGCCUCAACAAACGCACUCGACGCAGUCACAGCCGCAGUACACAGACCGACGAGUGUACGACCUGAACAGACAGACUGCUCUGGGUUAUAUGGAUAGAUGGGGCGGACAUGUAGGACAGAACAGGGGGUCGGCUCAGCACGGAACUGGGAGUCAUCAACAGGGAUAUCACCACAAUCAGAAUCAGAACGGUCACCAGACUCAAUACCAGACUGGGAAUGGGAUGAGCGCGAGUCCGGGUGCGAGAGUCCCAGGGACGGGGAUGGGAGCGGGAAGCUGGAUCGGAGGGGUUAGGGAGACGAUCGACUUGAGCGGCGGUGGAGGUGGAAGGUACCCCGGUCAAAAUCUCGAUGCCAGCUCGGUCUCGAACGGCGCAGCGAUGAUCAACCCGUUCACCGAGUUUUCGCAGAGGGUCGUCCCGCCACUCCCACACCAACCGACGGGGUAUGGGUUGUCAGCUGAUCAAGGGUAUCAGCAGCAUCAUCCGAGUUUUUCAUCCUCGCCCCUAACUUCUCAACAUGCCCGACAAGUCUCCGGAUCUGUUUCAUCUUCUUCGCCCCGACCGAACCCACCUCAACGACAAGCGAAUACGUAUACGGUCGACCAGUCCGGUCCGUUCUUGGAGGAUUACCUAGCUCAGAUCGAUUCCAAAAGAAAGGCCGAAUUGGAGCAAGAACGAAAUCGAUUGCUCGUGCUGGAACAACAGGAGAAGCGGGAGAAGGAAAGGAGGAAGGUCGAGCAGAAACCUUCUGCUUCGGUCUCGGUCUCCCCGCAAAAGAGGCGGAUGGGGGAGGAUAAGGGAAAGAUGCAGAUCCAGGCGCAAGCGAAAGUGGAGGGGAAGAAGCCGAAAACGAUCCCGUCGCAAUUCCAACAGCCGGAAGGGAUCAGGUUGACCCCCGUCGUCGAGAUCCCGAUGAGAAAACCGAUCAAGAUGAGUGGGUAUCGUAGUCCGGACGAAGGGUCCGAAGACGACGAAGACGAUGACGAAGAGGAGGACGAGCUGGACGAUUAUGGCGAUGGGGAUUACGGUGGGGAUUACGAUAUGGACCGGUCAACGAGGAGGAGACGGUUGUCCGAUAGCGGGAUGGCUAUGAUGACCCCCGGAACGUACGGCAAGACCCAGGGGACGCCCAGUCGACGUACGGGGUUCACGAGCGCGGCGAGGAGCGUCAAGAAGGAUAACCACAAGGUGCUCUAUCGGUUCGUCGAGGACAUUUUCGAGGCGGAGGAUGCUUUCCCUGCAAACCUGAGCGAGGAGGAUCUGAAAGGGAGCGCGGAUGGGCCUUUUGACCGGUUGACCAGGCGGGCUAGGCAGGAUGACAAGGCGUUGUUGAGUCGCGGGACGGUGGAAAGGUUGAGCGUAUUGUUCAAGCAGUGUACGAGGACGGCGAGGGAUCGGAGUAAACGCGGUCUGAUUAGGACGUCAGGCGGGGACGAUGGAGACGUAUCGGAGAACCUGUCCAAAUGGGAGACGGAGGAACUGGCCAGGUUGAUCAAGGUGCUCGAACGGAGUAUGGUCGAGGUCGAGGAAGACAUUUCCAUCUUCCCUCACGACGGGCAUGGUGCCCGGACUCGAGAGGCCCUGGAAGAGGUCGUCAACGGAAAGGGCAAGCCGGCCAAGAAGAAGAGAAGACCUGCGAAGGUCGAGGACGAUGAGGCCGUUGUCGCUAUGGACGAGGAGAAGGCGCGGAAAGCGGUGCAGGGAUUGAGUGUGCUUGUCGAUGGGUUGACAGCAGCGGAAUGCGUUUUGAGCUUGUUGACGGCGGACGACCUGGCCAAGCCGCUCUACUCCGAGGAUGUGAUUCGCGAGGCGGUUGCGUGUGCUUCAACAGCAGUCGGCGAUGUCAUCCUGCCGUUCUUGGAAGCCUUGUCGGGGACAUCAAGUAUCUCAUCUUCGGUACUCGCGCAUAUCACAUCACAAACGGAUGCCCCAGCCAAGCAGAUUCGGCAGACCUUAUCCCUGCUCUCUAGAUCGGCCUCGAGGUUCCUGCACCGCGUAACCCGCUUGAUCGCCCACGAAGGUCUCGCUCUUCCAGAAUCGCUGGUCUACACCAUCACCCAGCUUGCCGUUCAACUCAUCUUCGUCGUCGACCCUAUCGUCGAAAGCAAGACAGGGGCGACUGCUCGCGCGACAACGAUAUGGAAAGAGGCCAUGGAAGGACAGGCUGGGACCAAGGCACUUAAGGCUGAGGCAAUGGAUGUGUUGAAGACGCUUUACACUCGUCAAGGAACCGUCGAGCGGGAAGAAAUCCUCAAAGAAGUGCUCGGCUCUACCGCCAAAGUGGCUGAUCUCAAAAAGAGUCAAACUGGAUACAGGACAAGAAAGGGAAAGACGAUACACUUCGUGUCGGCUCUCCUCUUGGAGUUGAUGCAGGACUGUGCUCAUGGAGUACGAGGCAUGUUGGAGGCGUCCGAUGUAGCAGAGAUGAUGGAGACGGACGGUGGCGAGACCGACGCCAAGCCUACUUCAAAAUUAAACAUUACAGCGUUGGCAGCAUACAUGGACGAGAUGGAUCGGUCGGCACAUUUCGUCUUGCAAUACAUGCUGUCCAAGCUCUCUGGCGCCAACGCCAGCAAGCAAAAGUCAUCGCUCGAAGUCAACCACAAGGUCAUCCUUGAGACCUUUUUAGAGGACCAGGUCGAGGUCCUCUACAUGCCUGAAUUCCCUGCGGCGGCCAUCAGCUUGGGCAUCACUGCACGCACACUCAUCUCGAUCCUGGAGGAAAACAAGCCGACCGCCGAAAAUGCCACCAUUCGAGGUAUCGCGAUUGAUCACCUCGGGGUGCUUGUCAGCGCGUUGCGUCAGUAUGAAAUGAACAACACGGGUGGUGAAGCGCCCAUGAAUUUGAGAAAGAUCGUACAAACGGGCAAACAAGCUGCAUGGGUAUCCUUGCGAGACGCAAACCACGUUCUUCUGCAGACUUUGCAAAAGAACGCGUCGCAAAAUGGACUAUAUAGUAGUGCUGCCGACGUCAUGACCGCAAAAUGGUUACUCGAACUGCACCGAGCCCUUCGCCAGGAGUCACCAGAAGAUGGCGAUGACGGAGCGGCCGACACGGAAAUGGAUCAGGAUCCGUCACCUAUCAUGCGGGAAAUCCAGAACGACCUAGUCCGGACAAGUCGCAAGGUCGACGAUGAGAGCGUGUUCGCGCAUGCCAAAGACGAUCUGCUUGCACAGGCUGACCGUCCUUGCAUUAUCGUCGAGAUGGCACGACCCUUGCAAUCCGCUCUUGGACUGAUCUUCAAGGCGAUCCUCGGAUGUAUGGGCGCACCGGUAGUCGCUCACCGCACGAAAGCCAUCAAAGCGCUCGGGGCUGCGAUCGCUGUCGACCCGGCUUAUCUGAGCCGAUCGGAUAUUCGUGCAUCGAUACAUGAAAGAAUUUCGGACAGUUCUCCGGCGGUUCGAGACGCCGCCAUCGAUCUCGUGGGCAAGUACAUCCCUGACCAACCAGAGGUAGCCCUUCAGUACUACCCAAGUAUCAGCAGUAGGAUUGCAGACACUGGUCCAGCGGUCCGCAAGCGAGUCAUCAAGCUGUUCAAGGUGAUUUAUGACCUCGUCUCCAAGCGCAAUACGCGGAUCGAGAUUUGCUGCAAGCUUGUAGGCCUGGUGGAUGACGAGGAAGAUGCUGUCAAGGAUCUUGCGCUGGCGACUCUCCGUGAGAUUUGGUUUCCACAGGAACCGAUACCAGGAUCCCGCCAGACAAGACGUAGUGCGACACCGGCCUCUACAACGAGCAGCCGCGAUUCCGGAGAAAUGCUAGUUCAUCCAAUCGUCGAUGUAGUCUCACGGUACAGCAACGAUAUCGUCCCAGUCGAGCUGGCCAUCAAGGAGAUCAGCAAAACACAAUCGAAAGACCUCGGUCAAGAGUACAGUCAACUGAUCGGAGCAAUGCUCGAUCGUUUGAUGUCAGAUGACAACCGGAGUCCAGCUGAGACCCUGCCCCUUGUCCGGUCGAUUCACCUCCUCAGCAGUGCGAAACCGCAGUCCAUGGAUUUGCAAAGGGCCACAUCGCUCCUCCCGUACCUCAGACAGGCAACUACGCCGGAUGAGGUGGUACUAUGCGAAACGUUGAUGAGGAUAUUCCGGCUCUCAAUCCCUUUCCUGCCGAAAACGGCCUCGAACUUUGCCGUCGAACUUUGCAAAAUCCUCCUGCCCAUGAUUGCAAAACCCUCGGGCAAGCUCAGCACUCUUGAGGAAGCGGUGAUGUGUUAUUGUGCAACCGUGACGCACUUGACGCAGGAAUACGGAAGAAUCCUUACCAUCCUCAGGUCAUGCAUUGGCAAGAUAAGAAACGAGACAGCCAAGGCGCAAAAGACCAAGGACAAGAAGCCGCUCGAUCAAAAGACCCUUCCAUUCAUUGCUGCUAUUGCCACUCUGCUCGUCGCAAAGAGCGAUUUGGACGACAUCCGUACAAAGCGAGAUGAGGUUGAUGACUUUGUGUACGAGAUCGCUGGGGACUCCAUGGCAAAAUUCAUGUUCGAGACACUGCUCGGCUUGUGGAACUUGGAACUCGAUCAAACGAUGCGACAUGCUGUUAUUCAAUGUUUCGGACACUUGUAUCAAGCCUUCCCGACGCUGAUGACGGACAAGCGAUCCAUCGAGAUCAUGGAUAGCGUCUUGACGGGCGAAUCGACGAAUCAACAGACAACCCUCAAGAUGUUGACCUUGAUUCAUGAGACUUUGGUCACACUGGUCGACAGCAGCUCUAAAGACUCCGGCAAGAAGACUACUGCGGAUGGGCCAGCGCCUGUCGACAUGGACCAAUUGAUCGGCGAUACCGCCGGGUUUGCCGAGUCUGGAGUCGGAUCAGCUAUCAUUCAGCGAUAUAUCGACAAGAUACUUCACGCUGCCUUGUCGCGUUAUGACGAUAUACAAAAAGUCGCGAUCGACAUCCUCUCGCUGACGAUUCAUCAGGGUUUAGCCCACCCCAUUCAAUCAUUCCCCAUCAUUGUCACUCUCGAGACGAGCCAAUUCCCUCACGUGUCAGAGAAAGCCUUUGCGCUGCACUCUCAUCUGCAAGCGAAACACGCCUCGAUCAUCAAUUCGAGAUACUUUGAAAGCGCCAAGGUGGUGUUCGACUACCGAAAGACCAUCGAAAAGGAUGUACUCGGCUAUAGCAAUCCCAUUGCUCCGGUCGCUCUACUGGACCGGUGGUAUAGUCUGAUCAGGGAUAAGCGGCCGGUCCGGCAGGAUUUCCUCAAGGCGAUGUGCAAGGCGUUUUCGUUCGAGGCGACCCCUCCGGCUGUGACCUGGGACGACGUUCUUCUCGCCCGCUUCAUGGCCGAGAACCUAUCGCUGAUCGAGUUCAAGGUUCAGGAAGAGGUCUUGCAGAUCAUCGCCGCCAUGACCGCGCUAUUGGCCGGUCUAGGGAUGCAGGUGGCGGAAAUAUCGAACUCGGUCAAGAUCGCCGGACAACCGCACGAUUCGCUGAAGUAUGCCAAGUUGGUGAAGGAUACUGAGAAUGACGAUGAUAUGGAACAGGACGACAGUCAGGCGAGCGCGAUUGAUUACAAUGUCGAGGCGUUGAUCAAUGCAACCGCCAUGGUCGGGAUCAUCAUCUCGCUCAAGACCCGGCUCAAGAAGACUUAUGGGCUGACCGAGGACAAGGUGACCAAAUUUGUUCCUGGAAAGAAGACGGCAGCGUCUGAUCGAGCUACGACCAGGAGGAUCACGGACGGGUCGGGAGGGUUACCCGAUUGGAGUAUCCUGCCGGGAGUCAAGAAGAGGGUGGAGACGGUCGCUGAGUUCCAGGACCAAGCUAUUGCCUUUACAAGGCUCGUCGAGGAGGACGGUACGAUGCGCCCUGAAUAUAGUGGCGAGGAGGACGAGGACGAGGAUUAGGCGGUAAUGACCAUCUGACCCCGCAUACCUACACACACACACAGUCGAAUUAGGAUGCAACAAACGACGCACGGAUAGCCACGAGAAGGACACGAGGACGAUGCGGGUAACGGCACGGCACGGUAACGCUAGAUGCUUUCAGGAUAUGGGAUCGAGAAUACCGGGGUCGCGGUCAUCGGCAAUUGCGCAAAGGCAUACUGGAACUGUGUACACGUAAACGACGGAAAAUGGAACUAUGUGGUUGUAACUUGGCCUAUGCGCAUAGUCUCUAGGGUUUGUCACAAGAAUGAAAUUGCAUGUCAUGUAUGCGAGUGCUAUCGUUAUCGAAACGCAUCGCGAACGAUCAGGAUGACAACGUUGCC